GUGGGAAAGGAAAUCCUGAGGAAACAUGCAGAUCAGUUGAGGAAAAGAAUCUCUAAUGGUCCUGAUCGGCUUGACUCUGAUACUUUGCAAACAAUGUUAGAAACGUUUGACAUCGAAGAAUAUGGACAACGAACUGCAGAGGCAGCAAUAAAUCCACAUUUAGUUGUCACCAGCACACCCGAUAAUCAGCAGCAACGUACAGAGAUUCACAACGCAUAUCCGAGACGUUCAUCACGUCUUCGAAAACCGAUUCAGCUUAUACAAGUGGAUCCCUCAAACGAUACAUAUUAUUGA